AUGUUUGCAGCCGGGAGGAAUUAUGCUUUGCCCGAAACGGCAAUCCGGCGCUCCAAGGCCGCCGCCGUGGUUCGCCCACCCAUUCCUGCGCAUUGCUUAUUAUAUCUGCCCUGCAACUCGCCAUCCAUGACCGUCGUCAUCUCCCGCAACAAGUACGAGCAUCUCACACUACUGGCAGUGUUCAGGCAUUGGCGCUACAUUUCGUCCUUUGGCGGCCCGUGGCUGCACCUGCCGCCGGACCUCGUCGAGUCGCUGGCCCACACCUACCCCGUCGACCCCGCCCUUCCCGCCGAAGGAGCCCUGCUGAGGACGCGCGCCUUGACGAAGCUGUUCAAGCACGACUGCAGUGUCUCUUCCACCUCACGCUCGCGUGUGGCCACGUUCAUGCUGCGCUAG